AUGCCCAAACCAAUCAACGUGCGCGUCACCAUGGUGGACGCCGAGCUGGAGUUUGCCAUCCAGCAAAACACCACUGGGAAGCAGCUCUUUGACCAGGUAGUAAAAACCACCGGACUCCGUGAAAUAUGGUAUUUUGGACUUCAGUACAUGGACGGGAAAGGAUAUCCCACAUGGCUAAAGCUGAACAAAAAGGUGAUGUCCCAAGAGGUGAAGAAGGAAAACCCUGUGCAGUUCCGGUUCUUGGCAAAGUUUUUCCCAGAGGAUGUAUCGGAGGACCUGAUCCAGGACGUCACGCAGAAGCUCUUCUUUCUUCAGAUCAAAGAGGGCAUUCUGAGUGACGAGAUCUACUGCCCUCCGGAGACCGCAGUGCUGCUUGCCUCCUACUCAGUUCAGGCCAAGUUUGGAGACUACACUAAAGGCGUGCACAAGUCUGGCUACCUGCUAUCCGAGCGCCUUCUUUCACACAGAGUGAUGGAGCAGCACAAACUUUCCAAAGACCAAUGGGAGGAGAGGAUUCAGGUGUGGCACGAGGAGCACCACGGCAUGCUCAAGGAGGAUGCCAUGUUGGAGUACCUGAAGAUUGCUCAGGAUCUGGAGAUGUACGGUGUCAACUACUUUGAUAUCAAGAAUAAGAAAGGCACCGAGCUCUGGCUGGGAGUGGAUGCCCAGGGACUUAACAUCUAUGAGAAGGACGACAGGUUAACUCCAAAGAUUGGAUUUCCCUGGAGCGAGAUCAGAAACAUUUCCUUCAAUGACAAGAAGUUCAUUAUUAAACCCAUUGACAAGAAGUCUCCAGACUUUGUUUUCCUUGCCCGCCGUCUGCGCGUUAACAAGCGCAUUCUGGAGCUGUGCAUGGGUAACCAUGAGCUGUACAUGAAGAGGAGGAGGCCUGACAGUAUCGAGGUCCAGCAGAUGAAGGCCCAGGCGCAAGAAGAAAAGCAGCAGAGGCAGAUGGAGAGGUGA